GUUCAAGACAACUGGGAACUCUGCAAUAGCGGUAAUCAUCUUCAAGUUGGAAAGUCGGAGUUCAAGCAAGGGACCCGAGUUCCCGGCUUGUAAUUCCGAAUUGGAUGACGAUUCAAAACGAUUUUUCUCAGGCGGAGCUCGUUCCCAGUUGUCUUGAACUUACUGAAGUCGGAUACCUCCAGUUGGUUUGAACGCAGCGUAACUGCUGCGAACGAGUCAUUGGAAAGGUCGUGCCGGACAGAAAUGUAGCUUGUCCACAUGACAAAAACGUGGGUCACUAAAACGUUUUAAAAUAUGAUGUGGUUAUUUCAAGUAUGUGCCUUUUGGAUUCCGGGAUUAGAUUUUACUGUAGCAUGAUAACGUGCGCGUUCUGUUGAAUAACAUCUGAAGAAUUAAGUAGUAGAUGUUAACUUCUAGCUAAAUUCACAUAACUAGCUAAACAUGAGUCCUGUUGCUUCAAAUCAAGAGACAGCUGCAACAGGACUUCCUGCUCCUGCUUCUUCGGGAUCCCCUGGAAGUAGCACACCUUUCUCCAUAACUGGACAUAUCCAGCAAGUCUACAGCCAUGUCAAAAUAGAGAAUUUGGUUGCAGGACUCAGUGGAGGAGUCGUGUCAACACUGGUGCUGCACCCUCUUGACCUAGUCAAAAUCAGAUUUGCAGUGAGUGAUGGACUGGACCUGAGACCUAAAUAUAAUGGCAUUGUCCAUUGUUUGAAAUAUGUGUGGCAGCAGGAGGGGGUCCGAGGACUCUACCAAGGAGUCACCCCAAACAUCUGGGGUGCUGGGGCAUCAUGGGGACUCUACUUUUUCUUUUACAAUGCCAUCAAGGCGUACACUAAGGAAGGCCGUCAGUCUGAACUGAGUGCCACAGAACACCUGCUGUCAGCAGCCCAAGCAGGUGUAUUGACUCUCACCCUAACCAACCCUAUCUGGGUGACUAAGACUCGCCUGGUGCUGCAGUAUAACGCUGAUCCCACCAGGAAACAGUAUAAAGGGAUGAUAGAUGCACUGGUGAAGAUCUACCGGCAUGAGGGGAUACCUGGACUGUACAGGGGGUAUGUUCCUGGUUUAUUUGGCACGUCACACGGGGCAUUGCAGUUCAUGGCCUAUGAGGAGUUGAAGAGAGACUACAACAAAUACAAGAAAAUGCCUUCAGAAGCUAAACUGAAUGCAUUGGAAUACAUCACAAUGGCAGCUCUAUCCAAAAUAUUUGCUGUGGCUACCACAUACCCUUACCAGGUGGUGCGGGCUCGCCUGCAGGACCAGCAUAAUAAGUACAAUGGAGUCCUGGAUGUGGUCAGGAGGACAUGGAGGAAUGAGGGAGCUUUAGGGUUCUAUAAAGGCAUGGUGCCCAACCUGAUCCGUGUCACCCCAGCCUGCUGUAUCACCUUCGUGGUCUAUGAGAACGUGACUCGCUUCCUGAUGGGCCAGAAGUGAGGAGGACUAAGGAGAUAGCCAUGGAAGGACCACAAAUAGGAAGGGACUCAGACAGUGUAUGUGGUGCUAGAUAAGAUAAGCCAUGAACUGAAGUCUCCAGAACUGUCACAGCAGGUAACUGGACAACUGGAGCAGACAUAUCACCUGGAUACACCUCUGGCAGCCGAGUCAAAACAACCAUAGAGGAACUCCUAAAGCAUGUGGUGGAAUUAGAUCUUAUUACCACUAUGAAAAACCAGGACUCGCGCCUAUCGUAUACAUUUGAGGUUUGGCAUUCUCAGAGACGAUGAUGUUGACAAUGCUGGUAAUUAAAGACUGGUCUCUGUCUCUUGGAUGCAUCACAGAAGAACAGACCUCACUGGAGGUACUAAUGUACCCCCAAUUUGUUUUAAUGUAACUUAUUGGCAUCAUACUGUAGUGCAUGUAAACCUUCAUGUUGAUUAUGCCAUAGGAAAUGAUCACAGAGACUGAUUGCACUGUUCAACAUCUUUGAAAUAUUGUUAAUUUCAGAAGUCUUCAUCUGAAAUAUCAGGUUUGAAUUGGCAUUAGUCCAUUUCUUUCAGGUAAAAUAUUCUAUUCUAGUUUCAACCUUUAUGUUGCUUUUGUAUUUGUGAGCUUUUUUGUUGUUUCAGAUUCAAUUUUACAGCUGUUCUGUGUUCACGUGUCAUUUGGAAAAAGGGAUCCGCACAUGCAUUUCUUUAGGAUUUUACCUGGUCAUACAAAUGUCACGCCCUGACCUUAGAGAGACUUUUUAUUUCUCUAUUUGGUUAGGUCAGGGUGUGAUUUGGGUGGGCAUUCUAGUUUUUCUAUUUCUUUGUUGGCUGGGUAUGGUUCCCAAUCGGGCAGCUGUCUAUCGUUGUCUCUGAUUGGAGAUCAUACUUAGGCAGCCUUUUUUCCACCUUUAGUUUGUGGGAUCUUGAUUUUUGUAUAGUUGCUGUGUAGCCUGCAGAACUUUACGUUUGUUUUGUAUUUUGUUGUUUUUCGGUGGUCAUUUUAAUGAAAGUAAGAUGUUCGCCUACCACGCUGCACCUUGGUCUCCUCAUUCAAGCGAGGAGCGUAACAACAAAGCCAUUUUCAAAGAAUGUCCUAUCUGAUAGGAAAACAUUUGGUACAUUUUCUUUGCUUCAGAUUCAAUUUAACAGCUAUGCUGUGUUCACUUGUCACUUGAAAAAACUAUGUCUAAAUGCAUUUAAAUACACUAAAUGCAUUUCUUUAUGAAUUCACACAUUUUCAAAAAAAUAUAUUCUCUGAUAGGAAAACAUGUUAUAGUAUAAUGAGUAACACAAUGCUUGAUUC